GCAUUGCAGACGGAGGACGACGAGCUCACUGUUGCACUUCGCCCAAGAUGUCGACUAUUCUUCGGACGCUGCGGAACUUGAGGAGGAUCGGGAUCAAGGUUCGUAACUAAUUGUGGGAUUGUUUCCGCGGGGAAUCAUCAACUAAUUUUCAUUUCUCCACAGGAUUAUGGUCACCAGAUGCAGUAUAUCGGUGAUACCAAAGCCGGGACUUUGAUUGGCACCGACCGCUACGGCAACAAGUUCUUCGAGAAUCUUGAGGAGGAGCUCCCUCUUCGUACACGAUGGGUCGACUACAAGGAGAAAGAAUACGACCCCUCACAAAUUGAGCCCGGCUGGCACGCCUGGAUCUCCUACAUGGUAGACCAGCCUCCCACCGUAGAUAGGAUCAUGCAGACUGGUGUGCGCACUUGGGAGCUGCCUGAGCAUAGACCUACUCUGACUCUCUCCCGUGCUGCUUUCAAGACCUACUCCACCGUCAAGCCGAAGUAUUCCGCUUGGGACCCUGUGGCGGCUCCCCGUAAUUAAGUGAGGAGUAAUCUAGUUUUAACUUAGCUCGGAUUGACCCCAACUGUGUAAGACCAUUGUUGGGCGAUGUGUAAAUAAAGUUUUCCUGUUUUCAUCAAAGUUGUUCCACCUGAACU